AUGGGGGAUUUGGCCUCUGCAACUACUGACGGUGCCAGUUAUGGCAGCAAUGACGCUGCUGCUGCUGCUGCUGCUUCUGCCGCCGCCGCCGCUGGUGUUGGAAGCAGUAGUGGUAAUAAUAAUAGUGGUGGUGGGAGUAGCUUCACUGCAUACCACUUCGCGUCCUUUGCCGCGAUGGAGGUGACAGUGACGAUGGUGCCGCGUUUUACGAUGCCACGCGUCUCCACUGCGUUUGGGGGUCGUUAUGGCCCAUUCGCUCCUAAUUACCCGGUAGAAUUGCCACUUUGGCUCGCCCUGCACAUUCGUCAAACAGACACAUGCACGAUUGCCCCGCCGCCCUUCACGAUGAUACCGUACCUGCGCAAUGUGGUCGAGAAGGAAAAGGAGAAUGAAGCGACCUUUGAGGCGCUUCCCUUCUACUUCUUCGAGGUGGUGAAGAAGCUCUGCGAGAACAGCGCGGCCGCGGAGGAUGUGCCGCACGUGGCAGAAGUCAUUCGUCUUGUGGCGGAGGUCAAGGCGAUACGGCGGCAGAAGUUGCUGAGGAGUAUGUCCGUGUUUGAGGCGGAUGGAUCCCCUGUGUACAUCCCUGGUAUCAAACUCACCAACAUUGUUAAUAAUGAGCUGGAGUACCUGCGAAGGUCCUUUGCAAAGGUUCUCCAGCAGGCGGCAGAGAAGAAGCGUCGCAGAGAACAGGUCAUAGGUGGGGCUGUGGAAGGCACUACGCCGCUGCGGCCAAGCAGUGGGGCGCCUCCGACGAUAGCAUCCUCAUCCAUCUCGGCAACAAUGGACACACGAAUGUCAACACACAGUGGGCUCGGCAGUAGUUUUUCCGCCGGCACCGUUGAGGAUACACCAUCUGCCGUGGCAACGCUGCGGAGUGCCGAGCAACUGCCAACGCCUAGUGAAGACCUGAUAUCCACUGCCUCUUGGGCAGGGGAAACAACAGAAACGCUGACCCCUGCAACAGAGAGUGUUAUGCCACCUCCAUUGAAGAAGAGGCGGACGUUGCGGCAGACUUAA